AUGUCGUCUUCAUCACAAGGGGAUGCCCCCUCUGACGCCCCCUCAACCUCCACCCUAGCCGACUCUCACAACCCCCAGCAAAAACCCGGCUCCUUCAACGCCGCCUCCUACCUCUCCUACCCAGUCAGUCACGUCGUCUCCGGCCUAUAUCGACGCCUGACAGAUCCAAACAUCGCUGCCCCUGACUCCUCCGUCAUGCCGUGGUCCUUAUCCUCCUCUUCCUCGGAAGUCUACACUCCGCGCCGAACAGCUUCACCCUUCCAACCACCACCUCUCACACCUUUAGCCUUGACCAUCCCCAAAGGCGAAGACCUCCUGCAGCAACAACUCCUUACCCGCGCCCUCGCCGAAGAGAUCCGCCUCCUUGUCCCCGCCCGCCUACAACUAGUCGAGAACUGGCGUCUCGCCUACAGUCUCGACCGCGAUGGAGCCGCCCUAUCCACUCUCUACGACAACUGCGAACAAUUCUCUCACCGCAGCCCGCGGGCGGGCUACGUACUAGUGAUACGCGACUCCUCGCCCAGCGGCGCAGUCUUCGGCGCCUACAUGACCGACGCACCGCACCCGGGUUCCCAAUUCUUCGGCACAGGCGAGUGCUUCCUCUGGCGCGCGAGCGUGCUCCCACCCCCGAUCAGCCUGGGACUGGCAUUCUCCGGCGACGGGCCCCAAUCAGAAGAAGCGCUGGAACGCGCCGGUCUACCGCCCCUCCUUCUGCGGACACAACCCACGCUGGACGAUGGAACGAAUCUCGCCGCCGCGAGUGGUGGUGCUCUGGCGCCGCCUUCGCCUUCGUCAACUGCUACUCCUUCGCGGAGUGGGGCGAGUACCCCCGAGCGCAUUCGGUUCAAGGCUUUCCCGUAUAGUGGUGUUAAUGAUUAUAUGAUGUUUUGCGAAACGGGAUUCCUCAGCUUAGGAGGCGGAGAUGGUCAUUAUGGGCUGUGGAUUGACUCUGGCCUUGAAAAGGGCGUCAGCGCCUCUUCUCAGACCUUUGGGAAUGAACCUCUCUCCGACGAAGGUGUCAAGUUUGAUAUUAUCGGCGUCGAAGUGUGGUAUGUCGGCUCGUGA